AUGCGCUGUACAAGCAUGUGGCCAAGAAACGUGAGGGUGAGGCGCUGCAGCUUUGUCUCCCAAGAAAAGUGCCCGUUUCAAAAGUCCCCUCUCAAUUUCUUCCGCGGCCGGUACCAAGCGAACAGGCCACGUACCGCAACUCCAAACGCCCCACGCAGCCCCAGCGCGCCUCCUGAGUUCAAAGAGCUGCAGAGAAGGCCACCUGCCUCACUGCAACAGAGGAAGCAGAGGUGGAACCAGGGGUGGAACCAGAGGUGGAACCAGAGGUGGAACCAGAGGUGGAACCAGGAGGGUGGAACCAGGAGGGUGGAACCACAGGAUGAACCAGAGGUGGAACCAGGAGGGUGGAACCAGAGGUGGAACCACAGGAUGGACCAGAGGUGGAACCAGGAGGGUGGAACCAGGGGUGGAACCAGGGGUGGAACCAGGGGUGGAACCAGGGGUGGAAUCAGGAGGGUGGAACCAGGAGGGUGGAACCAGGAGGUGGAACUAGGAGGGUUGAACAAGAGGUGGAACCAGGGGUGGAAUCAGGAGGGUGGAACCAGGAGGGUGGAACCAGGAGGGUGGAACAAGAGGUGGAACCAGGAGGGUGGAACCAGAGGUGGAACCAGGGGUGGACCCAGAGGUGGAACCAGAGGUGGAACCACAGGUGGAACCACAGGUGAAACCAGAGGUGGAACCAGGGGGGUGGAACCAGAGGUAGAACCAGAGGUGGAAAAGGCGUUUGACCGGGUUGAACACCAGUACCUUUGGCAGACCAUGACUGCCUUUGGGUUCAGCCCUGGGUUCAUUGCCCACAUCCGGACUCUUUAUUGUGACAUCGUGAGUGUACUGAAGGUGAAUGGGGGGGCUCAGUGCUCCGUUCAGUGUGGGGAGGGGCAUCAGGCAGGGCUGCUCUCUGUCAGGGAUGCUCUACUCCCUCUCCAUCGAGCCCCUUCUGCAUCGGCUCAGAGCUGA